GACACAACGAAACGACAUACGACUGUGUGUACAACUGAGCUGUCCACUGUUAGUCAAAGGAAGGACAAAGAAAACGAGACGAGUCUUCAUUAUCGUACCGCUCGAGUAAUUCAACCCAACAAACAACGCGUAACGUUUCUGUUUCUUAUUUGUCGUCCCAGUUGAUGAACAUUUUCUCUUUCACAUCCAUCUGGUGUAGGUGUCACAGGGCACGUCGUUUCUGACAUGGCCAACCCUUUAAAGGGUGAGGUUAUCAGGCUUUACAAAACUCUGCUGUAUCUUGGCCGUGACUACCCCCAGGGAUCAGCUUAUUUCAGAGAGCGCCUGAAGUCAGCUUUCAUGAAGAAUAAAGACGUGACAGACCCUGAAAAGAUCAAAAAGCUUGUGGCCCGAGGCGAGUUUGUCAUCAAGGAACUGGAGGCUCUCUAUUUCCUCAGGAAAUAUCGAGCUAUGAAGAAGAGGUAUUACGAACCAGAAAAGUAAUUAGACUCACAGACAACACCAGAUUGCCUUUCUGAAAUGAAAUAUACACUCUCGGCCGACGUGUCAAUAAUUUUCAUAUUGUGCAGCAGUAUUGAUGCAGUCCACAUUGCAGAAGUGAAAAAUACAACAGUGGCCCUUAUAUAAGAAAUAAACUAAGCUUGUCUCAAAAGGGAAAUGGAAGCUCUAAAAAGUGCCACAAAGUGAUAAUGAAGCUGUUACAAAAUGUGCUUUUUUUAUACACAAGCUGUACCUUAAUAUCCAGUGUUUUAAAUCACAAAGACUGUGUAUAUGUUAAUAUCAUAGGAUCUCCCCUCCAGAAGAAGGAAUUAAUACAUUCUCAAUCAAGAUUAACAAAGUUAAUUUCCAGUUUCAAAUGGUUGUUAGGAUCAUGGGUUCAUCAGUAAUACAGUUGCAGACCAGCAUCUGCUCUAUAAUAAACUGUAACCUUGGUGUCAGACUGACUGAAUCAUACUGUAAAUUGUGUUUCAGUGUAUAUAUUUGUAAAUACAUAGUCACAUUUCUUGUUGAGUGAAUGUACAUGACUAUGUAUCGAUGCACUAUUGGACAGAAAACAGUGAUGCCCUGUGUCAUAAUAAAUGUCAUAAAAUCACA